GCCGGGAGUGGGAGGAGUGUCUUAAUGGUCCGUGAUCCUUGGAGGAGGGCGUGGGAGGCGUGCUUGUUUGAGGAGGAGGAGGAGUGGGGACACCCAGCCGAGAUUCUGAGGAAGAAUUUGCUGUCAGAGCGAGGCUUGCUAGGAUAGUUCUUUAAGGUUGGCUGUCGAGGAUGAGGAAGAGGCAGGUGAGACGGGUGUGUGUGGUUCUGUCCAAUAAACAACGUCUGGACUGCAUCGUCAGGGUGAGUCCUAUCAGGAUGAGCUCCAUAGGUAGACAGGUGUUGGAUCAUGUGACCUUGAUGUGUGGCGUGAGGUCGCUCCAAAUCUUUGGUCUCGCCAUUUUCCUAGAACAUGAGUAUCUGUUUGUGGAUUUGGACCAGAAUCUGGGAAAGUACUUUGGAAAAGAAUGGAGGAGAACUUCAACGAAGGGCACAUUUCUUCUAUUUCUAAGGGUGCAGCACUAUGUGGAGAGUGUAGAACUAAUCAAGGACAGUACAUCACAAGAGCUGUAUUACAGCGAUCUGAGACGGAAGAUGUUAGAUUCUCUAUGCGACCAGCAGGAGGUGCUGUUCCUCCAGUUGGCGGCUGCGGCGCUACAAGCCGAGAUGGGGGACGCUGAGGAGCAGAUUCUGGGAGACGGGGAUGAGCAAAAUGGAAAAGAGAACACAAUCGUUUCGGAGAAGAAACAAAACCAGAAUUAUUUUCUUCCUGAAGAUUAUUUUCCAUCUUGGCUGAUCAGGCAUCGCGGCCGUGACUUCCUCCUGCAGCACGCCGGCGCCCUGCACGCCACGCUCCGAGGGCUGGCCCGCCCCCGGGCCGUCCGGCGCUUCAUAGAGGACGCCAGCGCCCUGCAGGACGUCCCCGUCACUGUCUACACCCUGAGACAGGACAAAAGGGAUGUGAGAGGGUGCGUGCAUCUCGCUGUGACCUUGAAGGGCUUAUGUGUUCAUCAGGAGGUGGAGGGAAAACUGCACCUCCUGUAUGACUGCACAUGGAAGGAGAUCCACAGCCUCACCUUCAGAGGUAAGAGGUUUGAGGUGCAGACCGGGGGGCGGCUUGGGGUGGUCUCACUGAUGGUGUACUACACCGCCUCCCCCUGCCACUCCAGGCUCCUCCUGCGACACCUGCAGCAGACCCACCGCUUCCAGCUCGACAACCGGAGGACCCAGCGGCCCGACACCGGAGCUCACGUUGGUCAGCUGUACCGGGAGGCGUCCAUCUGUGACCUAGCCUGGCUAGGAGAGAGGCUACGUUGCGCUAGCAGCAGCAGCCUCACCACAUACAUUUCUGAAUACAACAGCGACCACACAACCCCCAAGCCGUCGCCGUUGCCCAGAGACAGGGUUGGAAGACCUCCUGUGAUUGCAGAGGUGGAGAUGUCAGUGGAUGACCCACCAGAGAUUCUGGUGGAUGGUGAUCGAGAACUCCUGGUGGAUGACCCAACCCAGGUCCCGUGGCUUGCAGAUGGUCUUUGUGUGUCGUGGGUGUGGUCAGGCCACCAGUGACCUCCUCCUACUGGGUAGCUGUGUGCCUCCUCUCUUUGUCGAACUGGAUUAAAAAUUAAAAAUUUCAGGGGUUACUAAUUAGUUAUCACCCGUGAUACAUCUAAAUUGGCUUAUCCAGAUAUGACACAGAGCACCUUACUUUAGAAUUGACCGCUCUUACAUCUUACCUAGAACCUCUUUAACAGUGCCAGGAUUAGGGGUUGGACAUAGACUGGGUAGCCCCGCCCAUUCUGCCGGUGAUUUGAGUUCUCCCUGCACAAGGGUCUGGAGAAGAGCAAUACAUUUCUUUCUGCUUCCAAUACGUUUUUGCGGGAGCCAAUCACCAAGUUGGCUUUUCCCCUUGGCGUACUAUUGGCUGGUUUAACACAAUGACGACAGGGCUGAAGAAAAUGACGACAGAUUCCCCAGACCAACAUGCAAUCUACGAUUGAGCUUGGUCUGGAAAUAGCCAGACUAGGUUUGACACCAUAUUGGGACUAACCACGUUCAAACGUAUGCACUCAAAUUGGCAUAUAUUUAUUAUUACACAGGGAUACAAACUAAAUUAUUCUGAUGACCGUGUUAUUGUUAAAUUAAGUUUAAGUAUUAGAUAAGAAAAUGACACUAUGAUGUCAGUCUGUCUGAUGCUGUGGUGGUGUGUUCAUCUCAUUCUCUGCCGUUUGUUUUUCAGAAAUUACCCUGGAAAUGAAAUAUUGGGGUACAAUAGAUGCAUAACAUUAGAUUAAAAUACGUUUAAAUAACUAUUACAAUAGAUUACAUUCAAAACUGUACCAUAGAUUCCUUUGCCAAAGGUUUUCUUUUAUAAUUCCAUUUAAAGACACCAUACAUAAACCACUAUGACGUUGUUUAUGUAUGGGGUCGUGUGUAUGGCGUGGAAAGGCCAGUUUCAUCUUACCGCAACCUUGAAACACACACACCAUUCACAGCGCUUUACAUGGACAGGAAUCACAUUUCUAAAGAAUUAAAAGGGAAAUCGAAAUAGAAAAGGGAAAGAAUUAGAGGCGUUCGUUUUGUACCCAGUAACAAAUAAAGGUUCAACCAACUGAAGUUCAAAUUGAGUCCUUCCUCUGCUCUCUGAAGGUGCUGAAGAAGAAGGUCCUCACUGGGAUAUCUGUGGACUAAAGAAAUGUCAUCCAAUAUCACAAGCCCUGACAUGAUAUUCAAUUCAUAAAUACCCAGCCUUUUAAUCUAUAACUUUAUGAAUCAUGCCAGGUUGUCAUGAUGUUAAUGUUAAUAAUGUUGGUAUGAUUGGCCUGAAUUCUCAAAGGUAAUGUUCAGGCCUGUUUUGACCUUUUCAAAUUUGGACACAUCCACAUGAGAUCAACUCCACCAGGAGUUUAGAUUGAUCAUUAUUACUAUUAAAGUAUUUGAGACAUUUUA